AUGUCCUCUUCCUCCCCCACCGGGCAGAUUGCAAGUGCAGCGGACAUCAAGCAGGAGAAUGGGAUGGAAAGCGCCUCGGAAGGGCAAGAGGCGCCCCGAGAAGUUGUGGGGGGCGCGGCGGCGGGGCUGAGUCCCCAGGCUCCAGCCCCUUUCCCCCUGGAGCCGGGGGACGCCGCGGCCGCCGCCGCCGCCAGGGCGAGCGGAGAGGAAGGGGCAGUGGCGGCGGCGGCGGCCGGAGCGGCGGCGGAUCAGGUACAACUCCACUCGGAACUUCUGGGCAGGCACCACCCCGCCACGGCCGCCGCCGCCGCCGCCGCGCAGACCCCGCUGGCCUUCUCGCCCGACCACGUAGCUUGCGUGUGUGAGGCGCUGCAGCAGGGGGGCAACCUGGACCGCCUGGCCCGGUUCCUGUGGUCCCUGCCCCAGAGCGACCUGCUACGUGGCAAUGAGAGCCUGCUGAAGGCGCGGGCGCUGGUGGCCUUCCACCAGGGCAUCUACCCCGAGCUCUACAGCAUCCUCGAGAGCCACAGCUUCGAGUCGGCCAACCACCCGCUGCUGCAGCAGCUCUGGUACAAGGCGCGCUACACCGAGGCCGAGCGAGCCCGCGGCCGGCCGCUGGGCGCCGUGGACAAGUACCGGCUGCGCAGGAAAUUCCCCCUGCCCCGCACCAUCUGGGACGGAGAGGAGACGGUGUAUUGUUUCAAGGAGAAGUCGCGCAACGCGCUCAAGGAGCUCUACAAGCAGAAUCGCUACCCUUCGCCCGCCGAGAAGCGACACCUGGCCAAGAUCACCGGCCUCUCCCUCACCCAGGUCAGCAACUGGUUCAAGAACCGCCGGCAGCGCGACCGGAAUCCCUCCGAGACCCAGUCCAAAAGUGAGUCAGAUGGCAAUCCCAGCACUGAAGAUGAAUCCAGCAAGGGGCAUGAGGAUUUGUCUCCUCACCCACUCUCGGGAUCAUCUGAUGGUGUCACCAACCUCAGCCUUUCCAGUCACAUGGAGCCAGUAUAUAUGCAACAAAUUGGAAAUGCUAAGAUAUCAUUAAGCCCUUCUGGUGUUUUGUUGAAUGGAAGCUUGGUACCUGCAAGUACUUCAUCUGUCUUCCUUAAUGGUAAUUCUUUUAUCCAGGGACCCAAUGGAGUUAUCCUUAAUGGAUUAAAUGUGGGAAAUACACAGACAGUGUCAUUGAACCCACCAAAAAUGGCAUCAAACAUUGUGAGCAAUGGUAUAUCCAUGACUGACAUACUGGGGUCUGCCUCCCAGGAUGUGAAGGAAUUCAAAGUCCUCCAGAGUUCUGCAGCUAACUCAGCAGCCACCACCUCCUAUAGCCCCAAUGCCCCUGCAUCAUUCCCAGGGCUGAUACCCAGCACUGAAGUGAAGAGAGAAGGCAUUCAAACAGUGGCUUCCCAGGAUGGAGGUUCUGUAGUAACUUUUACUACACCAGUGCAAAUUAACCAAUAUGGUAUUGUCCAGAUCCCCAAUUCUGGAACAAACAACCAGUUUCUUAAUGGGAGCAUUGGAUUCUCUCCACUGCAGCUGCCUCCUGUUUCAGUGGCAGUUUCACAAGGUAAUAUUUCAGAAAAUUCAAGCACUUCAGAUGGGAGCACAUUUACAAGUGAGUCCACCACAGUUCAGCAAGGAAAGGUUUUCUUCAGCUCUCUUGCUCCCAGUGCAGUGGUGUACACUGUUCCUAAUUCAGGACAGACUAUAGGAUCUGUUAAACAGGAAGGCUUGGAGAGGAGCCUGGUAUUUUCUCAGUUGAUGCCUGUCAGUCAGAACACACAAGUAAAUGCAAACCUGUCUUCUGAAAAUAUCUCGGGGAGUGGUCUCCAUCCACUGACCUCCUCAUUAGUUAAUGUGUCUCCAACUCACAAUUUUUCCCUGACUUCCCCUACACUACUAAAUCCCACUGAGCUAAACCCUGAAAUUGCCGAUAACCAGCCAAUGUCUGCCCCUGUGACAAGCAAAUCCACUACAACAUCUGUCAGCAACACUAACUAUGCAACUCUUCAGAACUGCUCCCUUAUUACUGGUCAAGACCUAAUGUCAAUCCCUAUGACCCAGGCAUCCCUUGGGGAAAUAGUUCCUACAGCUGAAAACCAGGUGGGUCACCCCUCCCCAGCAGUACACCAGGAUUUUGCCAGAGAACAUCGUUUGGUUCUACAAUCAGUAGCUAACAUAAAGGAGAAUUUCUUACCGAAUUCUGAGAGCAAAAUAACAAGCAACAUAAUGAUGCUGGACUCCAAAUCCAAGUAUGUCCUAGAUGGCAUGGGUGAAACUGUCUGUGAAGACCUAGAAACAGACAAAAAAGAGCUUGCCAAGCUCCAGACUGUCCAGUUGGAUGAAGAUAUGCAAGAUUUAUAAACCUUAAUUCUCUUUUUUUUUUUUUGCCAUCAGUGGACAGAUCUUUUCAAGAAGCCCUGAGGACAUAAAGCAUUUUCCCAUUUAAAAGAAAACACUCUAGUUUUUUAUUUAAAUGGAUUAAAGAGAUUUUGAAUUGGUUUGUUAUGAAGACCACACAAUUAUACAGGAGUGGAACUGCAUUUACUGCAACCUUUUUGCUCACAUGUGAUGUUCUCUUUUAAGUAGAUGGAAACAAAAGAACAAGAUGAAAUGUAUCAAGUCAAAGUAUAUCAUUUGGUUCACUUAAUAUAAUUCUAGGAUCAAAAUGGACCUUGAUAAAUAGUUUUUUAAAUUAAAAAUGUAUGCACCUAACACAGCAUAUUAAAUAGAGGUACAGAGUGUUUGAAACAAUGCAAUUCUUUUUGUUUACUUUUACUCCAUGGGCAUUGAUGAGGUUAAGAAGCAUAAAUGUAACUCCAAUCUAAGGGUGUAUUUUUGAAAUUAAGUAGCUUAAAUACACACACACACAUACACACACAUUUCUGUUUUUCACCAUUUUCCCAAAAAUCUUGGUUUAAGUUUCUACACAUUUCCAAAUGUGAUUGCUAGUAAUUCAGUGUAGCUGAAAGAGUUUGGAACUCCACUAAAAACUUUAAAACAAACUUCAGUAUGAAUGUAAAUAUAUCAGUACUGUAAGCAGGAUUUGAGUAAUUACAGUGAAUUUUAUUUAUACUGUAUGUUUCUCUUACAAUUCAGGCACUAUGAACUGAAAAGAGAACUGUUUUCUUACUGUUUAAUUUAUUUUUAUUGUUUGAACAGGAAGUGAACAUAGUUGUUUCCAACAAACUACUCCUUUUUGUAGGAUUUUAAAAGUAAUAGUUUUUAUCAGGAGUCUGUUAAGGUCAAUGUUAAUAAUACUGAAGCAGGAAACCUAACUCCCAAUAUUGGAAUUUUUGGUACAUUUUUUCACAUACUUGUUCUUUAUUUAGCAACUUUGAUUCAUUUAAAUAUGUUUUCUAUAGAAUGCUAUGUGCCUUUUUACCUUGUGGCCUUUUUAUUAUUCUUGCUAAAGUACAGAAGUGUCGACAAAAGCACUGAUGGUUCUUUUCUAUUUUCCAGCAGGGUUAUGUCACCACAGAAUUACUUUAAAUCUAAAGAACUUAAAUUCUAUCUACAUAUGUAUAAUGUUUAUGAUGGAAAUAGAUGAACAACCAAAUAUUGUUGAAACUUUUCAUUACAAUGAAAAUAGCACCAAUUAAAUUGUAGCCUACCAAAUAAAAUCAAUCCUGUAGGCUAUCAAAGCAACCAUUUUUUACUACAGAAAGAAGAUAUGAAUUCUAUUGAGCAAAAAUCUUUCCUGUUGAAACUUCUAAGUGUUCUAAACGUUUUGAAUUAGUUGUUACAUUAUGACACAUGACUUUUGUUUGCACCACAUUAUGUCUUUAAAAGUAAAUCUUUUGGGUUUCUGUAAGAAGCUUGUUUGAUACUGUUGUAAGCCGUGGUUAUAGAUUUUAUCAGGACUCUGAACACAAAAUGUAAUAAUGCAAAUACAUAUAUGCAGUGAGUAAAGUUACUCUCUGGUCUCUAAAAAGCCAGAAAGGUGAGAAAAUUAUCUUUUCAGAGAUGUUUUAAAGUUGUUGAACAUAAAAAUGUUACAUCUUAUUUUCCUUAAUAUCAGAACAAAGGGUUUCCUUAAUGUUGGUAGUAGAUUUCUACAUGCCCAUCAGCCAAGCAUGUUGAAUAAGGGCCACAGAGGAUUUAACUUUUGUUGUUAUGCAAAUGGAACUUUAAAGCAUAGAUUAAGAGUGCACAAAGAAUUCCUCUCCCAUCAUUUUGAUAAAUAACAUAUCACUUUUUAUAUGGAAUUAGUGGAUAUUCCUAAACUGCUAAAACUACAUGGUUUUUGUUUUUGUUUUUGUUUUUGUUUUACAAAUUCAGGUGUUUUAGAGUUCUCUUCCACUCUACUAUUACUUAUGCAGCUUGUUUUUUCUUUGGGUGUGUGCUGAUAAUGUUACUAAAGAUUACUGAUUACAUGGUUCUGUAGUGUAGUUUACAUGAAAAUGAUAUUUUACACUUGAUUGCUGCAGGUUUCAAGAAUUUGUUACUUAUUUUUAAAUACCCUUUCAAUAAGGGAGAUGGGGAGGUUUAAAAUUAUUUGUGAUAUAUAUAUAUAACUGUAAAAGUUUGAUAUGUCUUCCAAAAAUAUAUUAAGCUUCUCUUUUACUCAGAGUUCUUCCUCUUUUCUCCCUUAAGAAAAAGAAGAGAUAGCACAAAACUUUACUUACCUAGGAAACCUAUUCAUAUUCCCGACAUGUUGUAAUUAUAACCCUACGAUUACCUACACAACAUAACAAGCAAGAAUCAACACACAUUAUAAAGAACUUAUUGUUCUUUACUAUUCUUUCAGUAAAAUAAGGGCCAGUUUGUAUGUAGCCCAUGUAUAUGUGAAUAGAAUAACACAAACCCCAUGAUCUCCUUGCACAGAAUUGCAAAUUUUGCAAUACUGAGGGCCAGACUCAAAACUCUUGGAGUUCAUGUGGCAGAACUUCCCUCUGACAUAAACCAAGGCUUGAAGAUGCUGCAAAUGACCCUCUAUGAUACCUGAAAAGGAAUCAGAAUAAGGGUAAAUAACUCUCCCUAUAAAGCCCAACGUGCUGUUGGCUGUGGGAUUUUUGUUGUGAACCUAUCUAUGCACUCUGUCAGCCAGAAUUUGGCAUUUAGCUCUUAGUUACAUCUAAUAAAGGACAGUCUAUUGUUUAAAGAGAAGGUGCAUUUGUUCCUCAAUCAAGUAAGAGCACCUGUGUUGUACUGCUUUAUAUCAUGUAUAUUUAUGGUAGUGAAAAGACUCUUUGAAUUAUAUACAUGCUUCAGUGCCUUUCUUGUGUUAAGAAAGGCAGAUAGAUGGUAUAGCCAUAGAUAAAAAUCAGUAGUAAAUUGCACACUGACCUUAAAUCUCCCUGUGUAUGCCCUUGGUAUCUUGCAUGAUAAAAGUCAGAUUAUUGGGCAUAUGUUGCAACCUGCCCUGCUACAUGCUAGACAAGUGUGCAUUAGUACAUAUCCACAAGUUCUUAAUUCUUUAAAAUGUUUUCAACAGUUCAUCUCAUCAUAAAAAUAUAACUAAUUUAGUAAAACUUUGGGGAAAAGAAUUAAAUUUUACAAAAGAUGUUUCAAAAUCUUCCUAAAAUUAUUAGAUGAUAGAACCUAAUGGUUAUUUUGUAUCUAACUGAUACAUUUCAUGUUAAUUUAAUAUAAUUAUUACCACCAUACAUUUUAUUAAUCAAAAUUGUUUAGCAUGUGACUCUUGGCUUUCAGAGUUCUCAAAAAAAAUUUAUUCUUUUGUUGCAUGUACUGUAUGUUUAGAGGCAACCAGUUAUGUACUCAAUAUGGUUUUACUGUGCCUUACACAAAGUAAAUCUACAGAAUGUAUAUCAUGGGAUGGGGUAACAAGUCUUUACUGCACUGUUAGGUGAUGGCACACAGAGCAUGUCCCAGAACAUUUCUGUGCUUAAUUACCCAACCAAAGAGAUCUAAAGUAUGUAUGUUGUACUGUAAUAGGGGUUUAUGCCUGGACAUUUAAGUGUUGUAUUUGUUUUCUGAAAUGAUGUGAACUUAUUUUUCUAAA